AUGAAACUUUUAUUUUUAAUCGCGUUGGCGUGUAGCGUCUACGCGGAGGUGGCUGAAGUUCCAUCUUCGGGGAAAUUCUCAGUCGAAGGAGAGGUGAUUUUCGUUUUUACAAAAAAAUCACUAAAUGGAGAAUUCAGAUUAUUCUACCUGCUUCAAAACAUUGUUCGAAAUGGUCUUCAAAUGCGCGAGUUAUGUUGAAUCAUGGACAAUACAUUGGUUUCGUUGGAGAAAACUGCAUUUUCCGCGUCGAUAACGUUCCCAGCGGCAGUUAUAUUGUUCAGGUCAUUGCUUUUUUAAGUUUUAGUGGAGAAAAACGGAAAUAUAAGACAAUUUCGCUUGAUUUUUCACGAAAAGCCCUGGUAGAUCGUAGGUUAGUUAAAGGUAUUGCAGAAAUGGUUUUAAGGAUUCGAGGGUAGUAAAGUUUUUCCGAUACGGAGAGAUAGGUUUUUUUUCUUAGCUUUUACUUUGUCGUAGAUGGAUAUACCUUUUUUUCCUGAAAUAAUUUGAAGUUUUUUUCGCCGUCUCUUCGAUUUAAUGUAAAACUGAAAAAUGAUUGAAAAAGAUUUUUUUGAGAGUUUCAGUUAUAGGCGAAAAAUUUGCUUUUAAAAAAAUGUCGAAAAAGUGAACUUUUUUUCUUAAUAACAACACCAGGAAGAAGAUAAAAAAAAAUUGGAAUGAAAUUUCAACCGACCAACCGUUUAAAAGUUUUUGGGUUGCAAAUAAAAAAGUUGAAAGUUUGAUUUUGACGACUAUAAUAUACAUUACAAGUAAGGUCACAUUUUGCCGUUGAGAGUUUUUCUGGGAAUUGGUCAGGGUUCUUGUUUGUCAAAAAAAAAUUUUCAAACUUUACCUCUAUUUAUUUUUGCGAAAAAAAUAUUGGCUCAAAAUCUAAAAAAAUAACCCAUUUUGAAACAUUUGCGACCAACAUUAAUUUUUGAGUUGAAUUUUUUUCUUAUUCAAUAUUCUACUUUUUGUAGAGGUUUUUUUUUUUUGAAUGUUUGAUCUUUUUUCAGAUUGAAAAUGUCGACUUCAUUUUUGAACCAAUUCGUGUGGACAUCACAGGAAAAGGAAAGAUGCGAGCCCGGAAACUAACUUUGGUUCAGGCAAGUUAUUCACUUUUUUUUUCAGAGUCGUUUUUUGUUUUCUGGUUUGAAUGUUCUGUGUUCAUUGGAGUUUUCAGUUUGAAAAAAAAAAUGGAAAGUUAAGAAGUUUCUUGGAUUUGAUAAUGUUUCGAUAAUAUUAUAUGAAAAAGUCGACUUAUUUACGUUAUACAAAAACAUCAGUCAUACUUUUUCAGGUAGAUCAAAAUGAACGUAUAUUGAUAAGAACCAUAAAAUUUUUCGAAAUAUUAAAAAAAUGAAUAAAAGCAAUUAUAGAUCAAGAAUUCAAGCAUUUUUCUCGGAUUAUCAUCGAGCUUCUAAGAGGCAUUAGUUUUAAAUUUUAAAAUUACGAAAAUGUUUUCCUUUAUGAUUUACGAACUAUCUCAUAUGUAAACAGUUGUAUCUGACGAGUUAUGAAAGUAUUUAUUCAGGUUUGGAACUUGUGGAAGUUUUCCUUCUUUUUUUUUCUUCUGUGUAGCUCCCUUUUCGACCUCAGAAUCUCUGUAUUUCUCUUUUAUUCAUUUUUUUAAACUAAAUAGUUUUGUUUCUUCUUACCAAUCAUUCCUUCGAUUACAGCCCAAUACUGUGAACCAGCUGAGCUACCCGCUGAAGUUGAGCGCCAGAGGGCCGACCAGAUAUUUCCGGAAACGCGAAGAAUGGCGAGUGACGGACAUGCUGAUGAGUCCGAUGGUUCUGAUGCUCGUCGUGCCGCUUCUCAUCAUGCUCGUCAUUCCCAAGUACCAUCUGAAGUUGCUCGGCUGCAUUUAUAUGGAAACUUGAAGGAUGACAGCGAACGAUCCGCAGCUGCAGCGCGAAAUGGAGCAGAUGCAACUCCCCAAAAUGGACAUGCCUGACGUCGGCGAGGUGAUGGCCAACUUCUUCGGUGGCGGUCCUGCGGCCAGUAAGAAGAAAGCGGUCACCGGAAAGAGAAAAUAGAGUCUGCUCAAUUCAUCGGGCUCACUUUUUUUUUGUAAAUAAUAAUAAACACCCAUUCCUCAAUUGCUUGCUUGCUCUUAUAAUCCUAGAAGGAAGUAAGUCUCAAUGUUUAGGUUGUAAUCAUUCUCUUCCUCUUGCUUCUCGAAAAAAAAAUUUUGAAAAAAACUAUAAAUAUUUAUUAAAAUAUGUUUUUUUGCAAAAUAUUUGGCGAAUUUCUCUGGGAAAAAUUUUUCUCUAAAAAAACUCGUCGGAUUUAAGUUUGGGUACAGCCAUUGAAGAGCGGAGUUUAAUUUAAGCUAACUUUUUCCAAUCACUAGUUACAUUUCCUUUUUGCGAGUGGUGCACACUUGGUUUCUAUAGAAACGUUAGCCUUCGGUUUACCAAUCGAUAUGGUUUUCUCCAAUUCUUCUGUCUUCUUGUCAUCGCGUUGCUCUGUCCUUUUUCUUUCAUAUUUCCCGAUAAAGCUGUAAAUUGUCGCGCGGAGCGUCUCAUGUUUUUGUUUAGACUCAUGAUGUGUCGGAGACCGUUUGAGUGGUUCUCAGUGGGGGAUUGCGUCCGUUUACAGUUGCGCAACUCGAGCGCUUCCACCCAUUGAAACGGAUACUCGCCGCAGAUUUUACGAUGUUCGUUCCCAGGGCGAGAAGGAGUCUUCUUCCAGGAUGGAAGUGUUGCACCACCUCAUCUCGGCGACAAAUGGCGGGAGGCCAGCUCGUUCACGCGAUAAAUUCCUUUCCGCGAUCCUUUUGCCGUCGCCGCCUGAUACACACCGAUCCGUCACACAUUGCAGACAACCGAAUGCCAUAGCCGGACAAAUGGGGCUCUUCAACUCACUGUCGCAGCUCCUUGGCCUCGGCAAGAAGCAAGUCAGCAUCAUCGUUGUUGGCCUCGACAACUCUGGAAAAGUUGGCCUUGUAGUUUUCUUUUUUGUAAAAUUGAGCUUUAAUCUGAAUAGGGACUUACAAGGAAGGUAAUUUUACCUUGCAGUUGAGAUUUUCCUGAAAGUUGCCCAAAACGCUCCUUGAUGUACCAGAGAAAGAUUCUAGAAGUCAUAACCUGCACAACCUCCUCGAUUUUGAGAAAAGACGCCUCAAAGUCAGAGAAACCCCUUAAACCCAUAAAAAUAGGCUAUUUUGAGGCUUAAAGCCCUUAUAUCUCAAAAACUAGGAAGUUGUGCAGGUUCAGAAUUUCAGGAACUUCAUCUGUGGUACAUCAUGAAGUGUUCCGACCAAUUUUCAGGAAAUUCCCAACCGCAAAGUAAAAUGACCUCCCCUGUUAGUUUCAAACCAAGUUUCUCCAAGUUUCUCCAAGUUUUUAUUAAAGUUAAAAGAUGCACAUGAAACGCAUGCAUAUUUUUCAAUAAAUAAUCCUCCCUGGCACUUUUACAGUUAAACUUUAACACGACAAAAAAGUAAAAUGUUUUCUCGAACUUCUUUUUUUAUCAGUUAGGGAAUUUUCAUAAAAUAUUGAAGUACAAAUAUUCUUCAGAGUUUUAGACGCUUCUCGGUCGCAUAUCCAUAAGUAACUUAUUUCAUAAAUUUAUAUAAAAGGAAAAGAUCGAAGGAGUAAGAAAAAAUGAUGCAGACAACGGUGCUGAACGCUCUGCGAACGCCAGACACUCGGACAAGCCAGAUAGUGCCGACGGUCGGCUACACAGUCACCAACUUUACGACCGGCAACCUCAGUUUCAACGCCUUCGACAUGGCCGGCCAGGGUACGUCGUCUCUUCUUUGCCUCCGGCUUCGUCGUAAAUCGGCGCGUCUGGCAGCUUUACAGUGCGACUGUGUGGUGCCGCGUCGGAUUCAGAGAUGCCAUAGGCACACCUUUUUUCUUUUUCUUGGUCGAGACUACGAAAAAGGAAGUAUAGGUGAAUAGGUUUACCAUGAAGUAAGUUUCGUGUUUAAAGUUAACUUUGAUUAAGAUAUAGCCUAUCCCGCGCCAGCUUGUCACGUUUUUCUUUCCACCGAAAAUACGCUAUACAAAAUUAAAAAAAAAUUGGAAAUCUUCUCUUCAAAACCUUUAUUUUUGCUCUCUUCUUAGCAUUUUUGUAGGGCAAAAGUUUGUAUUUACAGUAGCUUUUUCUUUUGUGUUCUCUUAAAACGUGACCAUCUCGCGCGAAACGCACUAUAACAGGUUUUCAGUUAUAGGUGAUGGAACAGCAAAAACUUCUUUUUACUCUGAAAGGAUUUCUCAUAAAAUGAAAAAAAGUUCAUAUAGUCUGUUCAGAUUUUCAAUGUCAGGUCGUCGCUCAAGCUCCGCCCAUAAUGGUGCGAUAAACCAAUCAGAAAGCGAGCCAUCCACAGCGUUUUUGAAUGACGUCGUUCUACUUGACAUUCAAAAUCUGAACAGACUAUAUCACAAUUUUUAAGCAAAAGUUUAUCCUUUAACUUUUCUCAGUAGAAACAAUAAAGUCGGAGCUAGCUACAGGUCGUUACCGGUCGAUGUGGGAGAGUUAUUAUGCCAACUCGCAGGCGAUUGUUUUUGUCGUGGACAGUUCCGACCGACUCCGGAUUUCGUUGGCUCGUGACGAGCUCUGGAUGAUCAUGGACCACAAGGACGUUGUUCAUCGGCCGGUUCGUCUUACGGUAGCUUUUCCGACUCAAAACUAAGAAGUAUUUGAGAUCCCGAUUCUGGUGCUGGCCAACAAGAUGGACGACGCCGACGCGAUGUCGUCUGCCGAGAUUUCUGUGUCUCUGGGUUAGAAGACGUCAUCUGCAGAGUGUCAUUCGAAGAUUUUUAGGGCUCGAGGUUAUUCGGGGUCACCACUGGACCAUCCAGGCGACAUGUGCUCUCAACGGCGCCGGCCUAGAUAAAGUCUCUUUUUGAAUUCUAUGAGCAUUUAUCGAAUAAUCUAAGAUAAUUAAAAGCGCUGAUUUUGGAAAUAUCCGUAAAUUUAAGUGUACUAAUGAAAUACUGGGGACUUUACAUGAAUUUAUAAUCUCAAAAGCUUGCAGGUUGUGGUUUUGUUAAGUUUAAACUUUACGUGAAAAUUCUUCUACUAAGUUACGCUUGGAAACUUCUGGGUCGCGAAAUAUCAAAUUGAGUACUAUAUGUUAAACUUUUUUAGAAACUAAUAUCCUUUCGUCAUUUCGAAAAAAAAAAAUCAAGACCAAGACAUUUCAUCGUUUUUAGGCGAUGCAGUGGCUGUCCACAGAAGUCAACAUGUUUAUGGAAUCUCGAAGAUGAAAACGCUCAAAAAUACAUAAUCUCAUUUUUUCUUUGUCUUUUUUUGGAAAAUACGUGUGCGAAAUAAAAAUUGUGCUUUGGCUUCUUUUAGCAACAUCACGAUUCUCGCGCACGGCUUGAAAGGUCGAGGGCUUGCGCUAUUUUCAUAAUUCCUUGUCUCAACGACGUCUUCAAAACAGUCCGACGCCUCCUUUUUUGUGCUAAUCCCUUUCGUCUACUGUACGUGGCUGCAGACAACGGCCGCAUUCUAUGGAUAUUUACGGGUGGCCAGCUCAUUGUCAUUUAAUGGUUCUCAACGAAGGAGGAAUUGUUAAAGAGGUCGAGAAAAGUGUACCAUGCCGAAUCUCGGAAAAAAGAGCUAAGAAAAAUCUUGAGCCGCGGCUCCGCCUAACAAAUUUCCAAAACAAGUCUGUGUUUUGUCUCCGUCGUUUGGCUGACGCACGGAGUUUUAUUGAAAUCAAUGUCGGUAGUUGUUUAAGCUUCCGAUUUCAUUAAAAAAAUAAUCAUUUCAAGUUUUAUCGUUUUUUUAAGUUUGUAUGAAUGCACUUCAAAGGUUUGAAAGAUCUCUUUAAGUCUGUUGAAAGUUGAAUUAAAAAAAAUUUUUUGAGUUUUUGAAAAGUUCAUCCUAAAUAACUGCUCUUUUUUUGCUCUCAGCUGAAGUCUUUUUCAUGGUAGGUGUGUAGCGGAUCCACCAGACACCUCUGAAACGCCGCCUGUCGACCAACAAGCGUUUGAUUUGCAACCAAAGUUGGGGUGACCUUUGAGGCGAGAAACUGAGAAAAGGCCGCCCACCACCGUUCCAUCGAGCACAUUUGCAUUCAGUCGACGACUGACUGCCUCUGCUUCUCUUCUCUGCGCUUACAGUACGCCUUUUAUCGAGUCGAAGAGGUUCCCUAUCAGUGGCCGUGGAACGACGUUGCGCGGCCGCAGAUCAUCCGCCAUGAGCAAUCCGACUCCUCCGGCAGCUCCGCGUCAAGAUUCCUGGCACAUGUUCCCGCUUUUCUACCCGGCUGCCACCGCCGAAUCCAUCAGGUUAGCUUUCAGAACCGUUCUAUUCGUCCUCAAUUUAUGUCCGUCAUUCAAAUUUUUGACUAUUUCAAAUAAUUAAUUUUUUUCGAGGAAUAUGUUGACUUUUUUUCUUCCAAAAUAAUUAUUUCCAAUAUUGAAGAUGGUUUCACUCUUUUGUUUGAUAGCCCCUUUUUACCACGAAAAAAAUUGGAGCUAGGUUUGAUCCAAUGAACUUCUGGAGUUAUGAAAACAUUUUUUUAGAAAGUUUGAAUGUUCAAUACCUUUUUCAUGGGCUCUUUCAUGGAUACCCGUCAAACAAAAAAAAUUUUAUUUUGAAAAUACGAAAAAAAAAUAAAAAUAAAUGUUGACCUUCCAUAAUAACUGAUCUCUAACUUGCUUACUGUUUUGAACACGCCAAGUUUUUAUUUCUCAAUUUCUCCCCAUUUUUUCGCCUUUUAUAGCGAAGGUUGGAUUUUUUUUCGCAUUGUUCUGACCCUCAUUUGACCUAUUAUCACGCUCUGAACGCAUAUUAAUAAUGUUUGACGACGGCGUUAUCGGCGACAAAUAUAUAAUAAAUGGACGAAUUCCUCGAUUGUUGCGCUUUUGACACUCGGAGGCGGGCUUACAACUGUUUGUGUAUGCUAAUAUCUGACCACAAACACUGAAGGACCGCCUCCGAUCGGAUACCGUGUCCCUCCAAAUCUCCGCCUCCUUCACUUCGCCGAAAUCGGCAAGGCCACGAUUUCUCUCUUUUUUUUUCUUUUUUUUCUAUUUCUCAGCAUAAACUUUUUUUCUCUUUUUUUUCUAUUUCUCAGCAUAAACAUAAUUUCGAAGCAAGAACCAAAUAGAGUAAAUUAGGGGAAUUUUUGAGCGUUUGGAAUACAAAAAGGGAUUGAACUCUUUGAAAAUUUUCAUAAAGUUUAUGUUUAAUUUAAAUUCGUGCAUGAAAACUCAUCUUUUGAUGAAACUUCAUAACGACUAAACGAGCAAAUCUCAUUCAGUCGAAUUUUUGAGAGAAAUUAUCGUUUUUCUUCUCUUUUAGUCCAAUUCUCAUUUUUCUUGUCAAACAUUUUUUUGUGCUUUUUGUAGAUCAUUGUAUCAUUUCAUCGACGUUUUUUUUUUAAAUUCAGUUCGAUCACACUAUCUUCAGCUGCUAGUAAUAUUUCAAAAGGCGUGUGAAAGGUUUCAAGGUCUAUAAUUAUAUAGCCUCUAUGAAAUAUCUUCAGAACAGCUAGUUAUACGAAGUAGAGUUUGAGGUAUAAAAGGUUUACAGCUUUCUUUGAACGUUUAGAAGAUCAUUUUAGCGAACUAAGGAUCUGAUUGGUUGGAGACGCCCUAUUUUGAAGUGUUUAGGCAGAAGCCCAGGAAUUAGAAAAAAACAGUAAAAGCAAAAAACCUUCCCAAAUCUUGACCGUUUCUUUUUGAAUUUUCACUCGACGCUAGUGGUAUAAUCCAAUAAUAAUAUGAAAUCAAAAUUUUGAGGAUUACAUUUUUCAAAGCGAAAAACUGACGGUAUAUUCCGAAUGAUUAUAAAAUUUGCACAUGCUUUCAAAUUCAUUUUGCAGCGAACGGAUGCUGCACCCGUCGCCGUUCGACAAUUUGUCCACACCGGCUUCGUUUUACAGUCGAUGGCCCACAGUCAACGAUGCCGCCUACCAGGUUUUCAAAGUCAAUAAUAGUUCGAUAGAAUAUUCUUCUAUUCAGGAACAAGCGAAAUGGCAGACGGACCAGAUUUAUCACCUCUCGUUCCCGUCUACGGAGCAGGUUAAUUCUAUAAGAAGUUGCAGUUUAGCAUCUUUAUUGCAGAAGCCCCUGCAGAUGUAUCAGACGGACUCUUUUCCGUCGACGUCAGUGGCCGGAAAUUCUCCGGCCACAAAUCCGCCGCUCGACUACAGGAUGAAUCCUGCAGCAUGCUAUUCCAAUAACCUUUUCGGCACAGCCUACGACUACCCACAGGUGUUUUUUCGUCUGAGUUUUCCAUUUUUGAUAGAACUCCUGUUGAUUAUUAUCAGAAAAAAAGCGAGAAUUUGUUUUUUUUUCAGUUUUUUUUUGUUUUUCGAAAGAAUUGGUUGAUGGAUUCAGCCUUUAGCGCUUUCUUUUGUUGGAUGAAAGCCUUUUUUAUGAGAAGUUCCACUCUGAAAAGUAAAGGAUAGAAGUUUUUGCGAACGUUUAAGAACAUAUUAAAUUUUUCGUGUCAUUGUUUUGUCCUCGCUGCAAAAACUACACUCAAUUUAAUUUUUUAUUAGAAAAAGUUUUUCAGAUGCAAUUUGCAUGGAAGAUGAGUUCAGCAGUUGCUGGUAAAAGUCUACCCAAGUCGGAGCCUACAAAAGUCGUCCCUACAGGGCCUGGAACAAAUCGUCAGUUUCUGUUUAACUUCAUUUUUUCCGAGGAGCAUAAAUAAUUGCUUUGAACCGUUAUUGGUUAAAGGAACUGUUUAAUCUUUGUUGCCAACAAUACGUGUUGAUUUACACAGGUUUAAGUGUCAAUCAAGGCAAUUUACAAGUGCUGUCGAGUAUCUCAGGCUGUCGGAGCCGAGGCUGAUAAGGCCCCCGCAGGACAUUGGCAGCCUCGUCCCUUGUUUGAACGUGAUAAUUCGGCCUCUUUGUGAUAAGCAGACGCCGACCGCUACUAGGUUUUGCCGCGAAAUAAUGUCGAGUGAGAAAUCUUUGGGGCGUUUCUUUGGAUUUCGAAGAACCAAAUGAAGAUUCUGAAGCAAAUUCCAUGGCACAAGAAUAUAUUCAUUGGCAACAAAGAUCAAAACAAGUCUGAAGUUUUGAAUAGCUUUUUUAUCCAAAAAAAGUUCAUUCAAACUCGAAGAAAAAUCUUUUACCGUUUAUAACUCUCUUUGGUAAAUUUUAUCAACUUCUCUAAUAGAUUAUGGGAAGAUAAGUUUUUCUCAUUAAAUCCAAUCAUGUUAGAAGAUUAGGGUUAUAUAUAUAUUUUUUUACUUCGCCAUACACUUCUCUUUUCAUUUCGUGAGAACUUGUAGUUGAUUCAAAUUAAUUUGUUGAAUUAAAAAAAAAUUUUUUUGGAAAAAAAUCGUAAACUUUUUCUCGUUUUUUUCUUUAUUGAUCCAAACUGCGGCUCUAGAAUCACCUCCAGAUGCUGUGAAUGUACAUUUCACUGAAUAUUUUUUUAUCUAGUUAUGAGUGAGAUUAUAGUAAAUCUUAACGAGAAACAACUACGAGCCUAUCAAAAGAAAAUUCAAAAUAUUGCAGACGUUCGCGUGAGAACAGCCGAAAAGUACAGGAUGGUCUACUCGGAUUACCAAAGGCUAGAACUCGAAAAAGUAAGUUUCUCAUCCAAGAAAAAAGAGCGGUGCGUGGCGGUACCGACUCUUUUCGCGUAAUCAGAAAAAGGUUCCCAUGCUCAUUGCUUUGGAAAAAGUGCGCGAGUUUCUCACAUCGAACGAACCUCGCUGCAUAAACUUUUAUUGGGCCACCGCGGAACGUUUUGUGCAUCCGCUGACGGAUCGUAAAACUUUUGAGAUAAGAUUUGUUGUUUGCAGGAAUUCAUCACGAAUAAUUUCAUAACGGCCGACAGGAAGAGUGUUCUUUCCACACAGCUCAACCUCACCGAGCGGCAAAUAAAGAUUUGGUUUCAGAAUAGGUGAGAAAGAAUACAGAUUUUUGGUUUCAAAAUGUGUAAGAUAACAUCGAAAAAGUUGAGAAAGUGCGGGGAAAUAAAAAAAACAUCAGAUUGAAUUCUAUUUUGUAAACUGUUUGAGUAUUCAUUGAAUUUUUUGUGCCCAAGCAUGGUUGCUUACUAUCAGCUCUCUUUGUAACGACAUUUCUUUUUUCAUUUCUAGUUCUUUCAAAACUAAGUGUUUGUGUUUGGACUGUCAAUAAAAUAAGGUGGAGUACAAAUUAGCGUAGGAUGACACCUCUCUGGGGCUAAUCCAGCCAUUAGAGGUCAUGGCGGCGAUCCGGGAACGGUCGGUUGCGCCACGAGCCAUAACUCAUCGACGCAGCCGCGGCUGCUCUUUUAACCCACACAGAUAACAGAUUUGCGCCUCGCGUAACUCUCCAUCCCGACGUAACAAGUCUAAACUUUUUGCUGGCUUGAUUUUUCUCACCUUACAAGGUGAAAUGAUGGUAGAUGAUACCCAUCGAGUGCUAGAAAUUUGGUUAUAUAUCCUACUGUAUUUAUGAUACCAUUCAACUGGAGUUCCAUUCAAUUUUAGAAAUCUUGAAUGGAAGCGUUUUCAUCGGAUUCUCGACCUAAUUUUUUUGAAACGAGACUGAUUGAAAAUUUUUUGCACAUUUUGGAUGCAAGAUUAAGACAAAAUUGGGCGACAGUCGCUCGUAAAAACCAUGGUCGAAUCGAAGCGAUUUGCGAACUACGAAACUUGGCUAAUUGUCUGUGUUUACGGCCCUGUAAUUGGGCAUCGCUGUGUAGGUUACUGUAGAAAGACGCCGUUUUCGCGAUGUCGCGCACCGCGUUUCUGUCCUGGCACACGUUAAAUUUAUGACGCUUUCUCGGAUAAACAAUACUGCUGCGGCAUGUGGGCGGCAGAAGGCGUCCUUUUGUGCUCGGAGGUCAGCGGCUCACCUCCCCGUCAUUUCUAUUUUUUUCAAUCCUUUGCUGAUAGCGCCGUCAGUUUCAUGAGCUUGCUCUUCAAUCCAAUAGUAAACUUCUAAAGUCUCAAACAGCCGGAAAAAUGUUCCGGCGCAGAACUUUUUUUUAAUAUCUUGUAAAUACACAUAAUAUGAAAGGAACUACUACUGUCAGAAAGGAAAAAUCUGAUUAUAUCUUACAAAAGCAUAUAUUUAAUUUCAACACGCCCUUUACAAGAUUUGCAUAAAUUUUUUUUUGCGGUUGCGACGCGGUUUUAGGCGGGAAACUCGAGCUCAAACUCAACUUCAAAGCAGCAGUUACUUCUAAGUGCUUCUCGUUGAGAAAACGAUUUUGAAGCGCGCUUCCGCUAGCAGACCCUUACGGCUCUUUUGAUCAGUUCAACGAUCGUUUGCGACAAAAAAAGUUUAUAGAACACUUUAAAAAAGUUGUAACAUGAUUAUACAAAUUAAGCUUCACUCUUUUAAACAGAACAACUUCCAGACGUGCAAAAGGACGCCGCGAGCACAAUAAGAAGAUGUGA